AUGUUUGAGGUUAAGGCUUCCUGGUCCUGCCACCAGGUAGCCUUAUCUGAACGCCUGGGGCGCAUUGUGAGCCACGGUGAUGUGCUGCUCACAACGCCUGGAGACGUGAAGUCACUGGAGCUGCGGUUCUUGGAGCAAUUGGACUUGGCCAAUGAUCGGCAAGCACGGCGCAAUACCACUCAGAUGAGGCGUGAAUGCGUGCAGAUGGGUCGAGCACUGGAGUUGAUGAAGAAGGGAGUCUGUAUGAUCGAUGAAGUGGACUUGGUCCUCCACCCCUUGCGGUCAGAGUUGAACUUUCCCAUUGGACCCAAGAAUUUGAUCGAACAUGCGCCAGACCGCUGGCGCGUGGUCUUGCAUCUUCUUGAUGGGUUCUUCAGUGUGGAGAAGGGCCGCGUGCCGCCCCAUUUGAAGGAUUCGCUGCGUGCCAAGGAGAUUCUUCAUACUUUGGGCGAGAUGAUCCAUAACGGAGCCGACAGUCGGUACUUGCAGCGGAACCCGCAUCUGAUCUUGCUAAACGAGGAGUUCUACCAUCACGAGGUGAAACCCAUCAUGUGUGACUGGCUGAUGCUCUGGCACCUCGGUCCAAAGUGGCGACUGGUGAACUGGGUGGGUUGGAUGAUCCCGAUUUGGCACGAUGAUCCCGGAGCCCGAGUUGUGAUGUGCGGUGGAUCCUGGAUCCGAAGGGUUGAUAUAGAGAUCCUGGAUCCGAGAUCUGCCAGAUUCGUGGGUCGCGCCUUUGAGCAAGCCGGCAAUCGCGAGGACCGAGGUUUGACGGAAGACGAGGUCCGCGCCUAUCUGCUGCACCGGGUCACCCCGCAGCGCUUGGAGUUGGAAGCGUCCAUGGAGGUUUGGCAAGGCUUGGUGGCUCGCGCAGGAGGCGGCAGUGCAGUGGCACGAUCCAACUGCGCUUGGAUCAUGGACGUGCUGAAUGGUGCCAUCGGCGCUCGCUGUGGACCGGGACGUUUAGAGCUGCCACGGCCCGAUGGAGCAGGCGUGGUCGGCAGCAAGUUUGAGCCAGUGGCCCGGUCUGACUACUUUGCCACGCGUGUGGAGCCCUUGAGCGCAGGAAACGUCCGUCUGGUACUGGAGGAAACUGAGGAAGGCGCUUCCAUGAGAGGUGAACGUGUUGAGAAGUUGCCAGCGAAAGAUGCGAAGUCCAUGAAUUUGAGCUGGGACUGGUUGCAGGUCUACUUGCCCUUCAGUUUGCAGAAGAUCGACCGCGUCACCUUCGGGAUCAUGUCGUCUGAACAGGUGGCAGCAGCGCUGGCUGAGCAGCCCUUGAUGCCCUUGACCCGCGCCAAGCUGGCCAUUCCCUUCGUAGGGAAGGACGUGCCAUCUCAGUCCAGCGAGUUUGCUCACCCUGAUGUGGUCAUAGGUCUCACCACCUUGGCCUAUCGUUACGAGGGCCUGCGUCGCGAAGACUUCGACGAAGUGCUAGGUAUGCUGUGCGACCGCUUGGAGGGUGAAUCUGGUGCCGUGCUAGAGAGGCCCACGAGCAUGCUGUGGAAGAACUGGGUGGAAGAAUCCGGUGCUGACUUCUGCGUGAAGCAGGCGAUGCUGUCGUUGCCAUUCCGGGCCGAGCUCGAUGAACAGACGUCCUCACAGGUCUUGGGACUGGAGGAGGGUGGCAAGACUCAGAAACCGGACCGCUUGCGGCCCCGCGUGUUGCCCUUACACCUCCUGGAACGUCGGAACGAGGCCAACAUGGCGCAGCUCUUCCAACUCCUCAGCAAACUACCCAGUGCCGUGCACUUUUACCUGGAGCAGUCCGUCUUCCCCCAAUUCAUGCGCUUCCAAGAUGAGAAGCUUUCGGCCAGUGGGCAAGAUCUGGGCGGCUCCAUUCUCUUCGGGCAGCGCAUCGGCUUCAGCGGCACGCCCAGUGAUUUGAUGCCACGAGAGCUGGGACAAUGUGACUAUGAACCAGGAAGCGAAGGAGAGAUGGUCAGCACGAUGACGGACACCAAGGUGGUUACCUUUGAAGCCAUCGAACCAGGCUGGAACGUGGAGCUGCUGUUGGACAGCAUCAUCGAGGCGUCCCACCAGAACCGUUGCAAUGCCUUGAUCGACACCGGGGCGCUGAUCACGGGCUUGACGAAUCAAGAGGUGGCUGAAUAUCUUCUGGGCUUCGGCCCCCGCAGCGAGUCUGCCGGCCCUGGUGGGAGCAGCCCAUCUGCCAGGUCAGCGCCAUCCCUGCCGGACACCGUGGACGGAGUGGUCUUUUUGGACGAUGAUGGCGGCAAGAAGAUUUUGUUGCGCGCCACCCGGGAGGUGACGAAGCUGGCAGACAGCGGCGUGCCGGCACAGAAGCGCUUCGCGUUUUAUGACCAGGUGCACACCACGGGGAUGGAUAUCCAACACAAACUGGACGCAGUGGCUGCAUUGACUCUGGGCAAAGACAUGUGUUGGCGCGACUAUGUGCAAGGCGCCUAUCGAAUGCGAGGCAUUGGUCGAGGUCAACGCAUUUGUUUGUACGUCAUCCCCGAAGUGGUCGAGCUGAUUAGUCGUGACCUGGCCCUGGCCGGCAUCGAGCAGAAGUUGCAGGGCCCCGGCGGCAGCUGGACCUCCUGCGAACGCGGCCGGCUGCUGGCGGUGGCAGCGUGGCUCCUGGUGAACUCCAUUCGCACGGAACGGAUCCAGUUCGCCAUGCUGCAGCUGCAAAAUCUGGGCAACGUCUGGCGUCGCAACGCUUUCAAGACGGUGAUGUCGGCCUUCGAGAUGGUGACAUCGGAAGGCUUGAAGGAGGCCGUGCAGGUCUUUAAGGAGCCCAUUGCCUUCACUUUGCCCAGCGGUGUACCCAAAGCCCGCGGAGUGCACGAGGUGGUCCAGGAUCGCGUGGAAGAGAUGGCGGCACUGAUUGCGGGUGAGGAGGACGAAGAAGCUGUGGCUGAGGUGAAGAAGAAUGUCUUGGAACUCUCGGCCCUGGCAGAUGAGAAGGAAGGCGAGGCUGGAUUGGAGACCGAACAGCAGCGAGAACAAGAACAGGAGAGGCAGCAAGAGCAGGAGCAAGAAGAGGAAAAGGAACAGGAGAUCGAGAUUGAAAAGUUCGUUGAUUUGAUGCACUGCCGCGAUGAUGAAGAACCUGAGAGUUGGCCAUUGAUCUCUCUGGCCUCUGAGGAGAAGGCCAAACAGUUCUAUGAGGCCCAGCGCUUCAAGCUUUGGAAACGGCGUCCAUUGGAGAAUUUGCCGGGUGAGGCGCGAAUCUCCACCAACUGGUUCAAUCCGCAGUGGAGCGGCUUCCGACGUGUCAAGAACGUCUUCGUGCAGAUGGAGUGGGUCCCAGACUUCGGUAAGGCGGUGAGAUGCAAGGAGCCUCUGCAGUUGGAUACAGUGGAAGAGCUGGAAAUGCACAAGAAGCUCCGAACCGCCUGGGACCUGCUGAUGCGCGGCGAGGGCAUCGAGCUCCCCCGUGAGGCGCAGCUGGAAGUGCUGCACCGCAGCGAGCCGCUGGGACUGAGUCAUGGGUAG